AUGUCCGUAUUCUACUCGACUGUCCCCCAAUCACUGAGCAGCGCACCCAUAGCAUAUGCAACCACUUCCCUAAACAGUUCUACUGCCGUCGAAUCCACAAAUCUAUGUCCUGGGAAACGAGCAAGAGAACUAGAGCAGGGGGGAACAGAGAGACACUACGCUGGAAUUACUCACGCCAACGGCAUAGCAGCUGAGAAUACCAGCAUAGCAGCAGACGAGAGAGAAUUCAAGAGACUAAGACGUGCCUUCGAGAGGGACAGUUUGAG